AUGAGUUGGGAAUCUAAGCAAGCAAGCUGGAGAGCUAUGUUGGAAGCUGUGAUGUCGGACAAUGAAGACAACGUUGCCGUCGAAAGUGAUGCCAGCAUCGAUGAUGAUUACGUUGAAGAAUCUGAUCAUGAUUCAAUGUCAGAGCAAAAUGCUUCAUCGUCAGAAGAAUCUGAGGCAGAAGAGACUGAAACUCAGGAACGCUUCUUCUUAGCUAAGGAUAAAAUUACUAAGUGGUUCAAAGUAAAGGGACGUACUGCAGUAAGAACCCGUUCUCAAAAUAUAAUGUCUGAAGCCCCAGGUCCAAAAGUUCAAGUUUAUGGGGUGGCCGCAACACCCCGCGAGUUCUCGCGGGGCUAA